AUGUCAAGCAGGGCUAGGCUUGCAGGCGCCUUGGGAGUUGCAGACCUUUUGGAAGCAGAUCUUCGCAAGCCAUUGCCUUCACCCAAACGGGACAACGCGCAAGUAUGUGCAUCUGGAUAUGCUGUGUCACCCAAAGUUGAUAGUGCGCAAGGAUGCGCAGCUGGAUAUGGGGCUUCACUGGCACCUGCAGUGUCCACAACCAAGGGCCCAGGUGCUUCGUCGGAUUUGGAGUCCAAGUCUGCAGCAUCGCGGCGGGCAGAGAGCACAGGCCAGGUCUUGGACGAGACGCACGUGUCGCCACAGCUAGUUGCGCCCCUUGCGUCAGCACCGUCCAAAGCCGAUAGUACUGCGGUGAGACCACCAUCGCACGUAGCGCACGUUGUUUCUGGCGGUGAGGAUUCGGUGGGGAGAGAGGAAAUGCCUCACCCCACAGUGCUGAAACAUUCGGCACAAGGCGAAACUAGUGAUAUGAAGCAACCUGCAGCUGCAGGGUAUCCGAGAAAAUCAAGCAAUGCCGGCCUUGCCAAAGCCAUGCCGGUGUCUGCAGGAGCCCCUGCACCAGUUCCAACUGAAGGUCUGGCUACCCCAAGUGCACAUUGCACCAUUUCAGAGGGGGGUGCAUCUGAGAUACGGACAAAAGUAUUCCGGAUCGGCGCCCCGCUUCUUCGCAGCACCAUUCCUGUCACGGUGGGUGGCAGGAGAGAGAGCAGACACCUUGGCAUUGCACCGCCCACCACGGAGAAAGCAGAUGGCAGCGAUGUGGAAACUAUUUUGUCGCUCUCUGAAGGGGAGUGUGAGGAGGAAGCGCAGCUGUCGGUCACCUUGGACUUCCCCUGCUGA